AUGGAUCCACGACGAGUCCGAGACCCGCGUCUUGCUAGAGCUGACCCCCGGCUCCCACUUGCUUCGAUGCCACCUUCCUCAUCAAAUCCACCACAUAACGCUCCGAACAAUCAAUGGUCCGAUCCAAAUGGAACAUCGUCAUCACAGCCCCCUCAGGUGCAAGCAACUCCAUCGAACCCUGUCGACCCGAAACCUCCACAAUCAUCGACACCAACGACCUCAACUUUACCCGUUGCCCCGUAUAAACCAAGACCCUUAUUUUGCGUCGUUUGUGCAAGCAACCAAAACCGGUCAAUGGAGGGUCACCAUGUUCUCGCAAAAGCCGGAUAUCGUGUAAUAUCUUCUGGAACCGGUUCCGCCGUUAGGCUUCCAGGCCCUUCGAUCGACAAGCCGAACAUAUAUGCUUUUGGAACGCCUUACAAUACAAUAUACGAGGAGCUAAGCACAAAGGAUCAGCGUCUGUACACAGCCAAUGGUCUUCUCCAGAUGCUUGACCGAAAUCGACAAAUUAAGCUAGCACCGGAAAGGUGGCAGGAUACGAGAACGGUAGCCGAUAUCGUCAUAACUUGCGAAGAGCGAUGUUUCGACGCGGUCUGCGAUGACCUUUUGGCGCGAGGAGGCGAAUUCAACAGACCAGUGCAUAUUAUCAAUGUCGAGAUUAAGGAUAAUCACGAGGAGGCCUUGAUAGCUGGAAAAGCAAUGCUCGACUUAGCUGCCGCAAUUGAAGCUGCGAAUGAUAUCGACGAGGGCAUCGACAAGAUUCUUGAAGCGCAACAGGAGAAACACCCACACAACUUGCUUCAUGCCGUAGCCUAUUAUUAG